AUGCCUCCUCGUGUUGUUGCCAGCCCCAAGAAUAAGUGGGCCAAGCGCAAAGAACCCGUCGAGGCAUCUGGCAUGCCACUCGUGUCCCUCCGUCUCGACGCCACAAGCACUGACGAACCUGCUAGACAUUCUGGCCAUGCCAAUGCGGGAAUGGGAGGUAGGAAUACUCAAUUGGAGAAGAUUGGUGCAUUGUUGGAGACUCCAUCUUGGAUACAUCGACACAAGGGCUUUACAUCCCUUGAUUCCACUGUUCCUGUUAACCCUCAAGCUCCAGAACCACCUCCUAUCAAGGGCUGA